AGGAAAGAGUGGUGCAACUCGGAAACAGAACGUGAAGGAUGACUAAGACGAUAGGUCUCUUUUUCCUCGCCCUGGGGCUUGCUAACGCCCUGCCGUCCAUGCAGCAGGAGAACUCGAGAAACGCCAUCCAGACAUCGGACGACCUCGUCGACAACAUAUACUCGGACUGCCUCAACAAAGGAUCCGUUUCGUGCGUCAAAUACAAGCUUUUUACAUUCGUCGACAAAGUCCUGGGAAGCAAGGACUCCUUCACUCUCACAGAAGGAGUCACUCUAGUCAAGAACCCUGGAGCCGUAUCAGGAGACGGUGCUCCUAGAUCAUUAUCUGCUGAUGACAUCCAGAAAGAAGAUGUCGAGACCCUUCUUGCUUCUAGAGUGGAAAGAUUCCUAUCAACUCAUACUCUCAAAUUUGACUUGAAAGGUUCCGAAGUCAUAGACGCUGUUUCCUCUGCCGGCAGAGCUCUCGGAGAUGUCGCUGACACUUUCGGAUUGACGGAAGAAGACGGAAAUGAAGAAUCCGGAAGGAAGAAGGGUAAAAAAGCUGGAAAAAUCCUGCUCCCACUUCUCCUGAUGAUGAAACUUAAGGCGGCGGCUAUGAUCCCAGUCGCUCUCGGAGCGAUCGCCCUCAUCGCCGGUAAAGCUUUGCUCAUCGGCAAGAUCGCCCUGCUCCUCUCAGCGAUCAUCGGCCUCAAGAAGCUCCUCUCCCACCAGCACAAAUCAGUCACGUACGAGAUCGUCUCGCACCCUCAUCACUCGAGCAGUCACGAGCACCACCACGAAGGCUUCUCUUCGGGAGGCGGCGACGUCGGAAGCUUCGGGGGUGGCGGUGGCGGACACGGAGGACAUGGAGGUUGGGGAAGGAGUGGCGAUGCCCACGACAUGGCCUACAGCAGCUAUCAGCCAAAGGCCCAAUAAAAAGGUUGCUCAAGGAAAGUUCCAUGAACAAGUACAAAAACUAUUCAGCCAUUUUAUUUAUUUAAUUUAAAUAUUUUUUUCUUUAAAAAUAUAUAAUUAUUUAUUGAUUUAUUGAAUGGACAAACCAUCGACGAAACGCGGACUGGACGUGCAAGACAAGACGACACGGACAAGGCAAUUUUUAAAACCAAAGAACUUAGACUAUAGUAUUUCUGUUUCUUUUGUGUUUUCUUUCGAAGUAUUAAUUAAAAAAAAGAAAAACUUUAUACAAUUUUCACUUCUACUUGACACCUUUUCUUCUGGCUUGACUGGACUAAUUUACGUUUAGGAUACCUCAGGGAACUGCUUGUAAAUAAACCGACCUUAAACAA